AUGCGCCUCGCGCUUCUCUCGGCCCUCUGCUCCCGCCGACUACUCGCCCGCACGCUCUCUACCUUCAUAUGCUCAGUCCUAAUCGUCAUCCGCCCCUUUUCUCACCUAGGGGGGCAAUGGGCUUUCCUCGCACUCACGAUUAAGGAGCUGCACUUCUCGGCCCAGGAUACUUUGGCACAACAACUCGAGGCGACUGUGCUACAUGUCUGGGGCGGUCUCUGCGGCAUCGGAAUAUCUGCGCUCGCGAAAUACCUGACCUCUUUGGUAUCUGACCCUGCAAACCAACGAGCUCUACCCGCAAUCUUCCUAGUCAUCAUCAGCUUCUUCGCUGGGGGGCUCAAGAGUCGUCUUCCUCGCCUUACUGGGGCAGCCCGCAUCGUCAUGUUCAUCUCGGUAUGGCUGCUCAUGCAAGACGUCGGCCAAACGCAGAUCAUCCUUCCAGAGGCUGGCAACUUCCUCUGGGUGACCCUCACAGCUUCGGUGACGGCUCUGAUUGCGAGCAUGAUCCUCCUCAGAUGGUCGUCUGUCACUGUCGCUCGAGUAGCUACCGCUGCCCUGACGCGCGUGCACGACUGUCUCUCGAACAGCCUCGAUAGUGUAUUCUCCGAGGGCCCGGGGCGCGUCACCCUCGACCGUAGCCUGCUCAACGACCUGCUCAAGCUCACGAUACACCUCAACACGGCCUAUCACCAAACCGCAUUCGAGCUCCGCCUUGGUCACGUUGGAGUGAAACCCCUCAAGCCUCUCGUAUUCGUGAUUGAGCAGCUGAGGCGCGAUCUAUCUUGGGGCAUGUCAUUCCCUCGUGUCGCUCGAGAGACGCAGAGUUCGUCGGAGCUCGACAUCUUGCAGUCAUUCCGUGACCCAGCCCUGGAGCUCGGCGGGGCUCUGCUGGAAUCCCUCGAAGCCGUCAAGCGCGUCAUUGGCCUGUGCUAUGACCAUGCCCUCAAGCCCGUCACCUUAGACCAGGAUAAGAUUCAAUUGCAUGCUUGCAACGAACGCCUGAAUGUCGCCAUCGUCGCCGCCCGUAACAAACUCAAAGAUAUCUGUGAUGAACUGGGUGUACAACGAACAGCUACCCUAGACGGGCAUUUUGGCUUGUCCCAGGAAGUGUACGACCUUUGUCUGUUCAUGAUAUCCCUACUCCAAAUGGCCCACUCCAUGCGCCACACCAUCACCAUCGUACAAGACCUCGUCGCCUCCUACGAAAACUCCCCCAUCCGCCUCUACUACCCUCGCUUCACCGCCGCCUGGCUCGGAGUCGCCCCGGCGUCCAUCAUCCACGAAGAAGGCGAGCAGGUCACCGAGCAGUCCGACAACCCCGCGUACACCGACCCCAACGACACGCUUGAGAAUCUCGUCUCCCAGACCAGCGAUGAUGGCGACGCGGACUCGGACUCCCUACGCGAGAAGGGCAAGAGCAAACGCCAGGUCAUCCCCGGGCGUCCGCUGUCGUACGACUGGUGGUCCGCAGCGCUGCGUAUGGCGUGGAAUAUGCGGACAACGCUGCGGUAUCGGUUAAUGCUCUCACGGUUCUUGAGGAGUCUGCUGCAUUCGAGUCAUCUGAAGCAUGCCUUCAAGAAUGCGAUGGGUGUCGCAUUGUUGAGUAUACCUGCUUUUCUGCCGAAUGGGUCGCCAGGCAGACACUGGUUCGACGACUGGCACGGCCAAUGGAUGGUGAUCAGCUUUAUCUGGGUCCACGAGAUAAACGUUGGCCAAACAUGGCGCGUUGGAUACCUACGCUUCUGGGGAACGGUUGGAGGCUCAAUUUAUGGCUUCGUGGCGACAGUAAUAGCCCAUCGUAAUCCCUACUUAAUCGUUUUCUUCCUCACCUUGGCGGAAUUACCGCUAAGCUACAUCGUAAUCAACACAACUGUCCCAAGUCUCGGUGUCGUAGGGUCGAUUACCCUUCCGCCUCUAAUCCUCUUGAAGUACAUCGUACCCAACGUUGAGACGUCAGACAUAAUGCUGGCGGUUCAGCGGUGUAUCACCAUCGUCGCGGGUAUUGUCGCGGCUCAAGCAAUCAAUAGCAUAUUUCCUCGACACUGCCGAGUAUUAUUCCUAGACGGUACCAGUCGCACACUACAGCUCAUGAGCGAGCUCUACAUGGUCUUAAGCCGAGAUUUGUUUAAUUCGGGCCACCUCGCCUCGCCCCAGGAGAAGCGCAAGACGAUCAAGCUGGAGCUCAGCAUCAGGAAUUCCCUGCAUCGUCUGUCCCUCCUCAUGGCCACUAUGAACGACGAGCUCAGUCUCGUACCGAAACCCAUGCGUCGAUAUCGGCGUCUACUGGGGAUCCUACAAAAUCUACUGGACGUCCUGUCGGGCAUCCGCAAGGCUCGCGAGAAUAUACCCAGACGAGAAACCGUCAACGCCGUAAUUGCGCAGCGCCGGGAACUCGUUUCCUGCGUUUGUAUAUCCUUCUUCGCGUGCGAACAGGUAUAUCGCGGCCGACAACCACUGCCACAAUACCUGCCCUCCUCUCGGCAGGCCGUUCGCACACUCGAGCGACACAUAGAGGAGCAUAUCAAGGAGACGCGAGACAACGAGAGCAUCGAGGCGCUUGGGCUGUCGCUGAUCUAUGCGUUCGCCGAGAUAGAUUUGCUCAGGGACCUCGCCGAGCGCUUAGAGGACUUGUUGGAUGUCACGAAGCAGCUCUUUGGGUCCCAUUCCUGGUUCAUGCUGGAUGAGAGUGGGGACAUGACCAUCAGGAUGGCGACGCACGACCGUGUCGGAUCGGACUAACACUACCUAUGCAAGUAUAAUCACACGCUGUAAUACUCUCUACCCAACCCCCUGUAUGGUAUGCUUUGCACCUGUGGGU